ACCACCAUGAUCAUCUACCGAGACCUCAUCAGACAUGACAAGCUGUUCUCCAACAUCUACAAGAUCUGGGAGAUCGUGCACGGGCUGUGCCUGGAAGUGGAGGGCAAGAUAGUCAGUAGGACAGAGGGUAACGUUGAUGACUUGCUCAUUGGUGGAAAUGGUUCCGCUGAAGGCCCAGAGGGCGAAGGUACUGAAAACACUGUAGUUACCGGUGUGGAUAUUGUCGUGAACCACCACUUACAAGAAACCAGCUUCACAAGAGAGGCCUACAAAAAGUACUUCAAAGAUGACAUGAAAUCACUCAAAGGCAAACUUGAACAGAAACCAGAAAGAGUAAAGCCUUUUAUGACUGGGGCUGCAGAGCAAAUUAAGCACAUCCUUGCUAAUUUCAAGGACUACCAGUCUUUUAUUGGUGAAAACAUGAAUCCAGAUGGCAUGGUUGCUCUCCUGGACUACUGUGAAGAUGGUGUGACUCCAUACAUGAUUUUCUUUAAGGAUGGCUUAGAAAUAGAAAAAUGUUAA